AUGGGACGCGAUGAUGGGCACCAAAACGAAAUAGAACACAUCAUUGCCACCAAAAAAUUUGGCCUGACGGAUGUCGCUGUUGUACCAAUAGAACGAAGUCCCAGGACCACCACCGACUGGGACCUCUACGCUUGGUUAGCAGGCUUUUGGAAUGAUGCCGCAAUCUACCUCAUCGACGGCGAAUAUGAUGCGCUUGUAGAACAUCCUCGUGACUGUACGAGAAAAGCGAAGAAUUUUAAAGCCAUCAAGAUACACCUGUCUCAGAAAGCUCUCGAGGUAGUACGGCUGCUUGAAGCUGGACGAGCUGCAGGCAACCUCGAACUCACGCCCGAACUCAAGAGGCUUUGUAGAGAAGCGGUAGAAGAGACCUUAAAGAGGGAAGAGCAGCCGGCGGGAGCGGUAGAGGCGGGUAAGAGCAUUCGCUAG